UGACAUAAGGCGCGGUUGACAGAGAGUGUCAGUUCACCACGGCCCCGAUUGCGGGUGGUAUCAUCAUCGUACGUCAGUAAACACCGAAGACGAGGACUCACGUUACACAAAACUGCAUCCAUCUAUACAAAGCAUAAAUUGUCGGCGAUGCAGGCGGCCAAUAGGCUCCGGACGGCUUUUACCAAGGGUACCGGCCCCAGCUUCGGGCUAUGGCAGAUGAUCCCCGGCGCCAAUGUUUCCCGUGUCCUUGCCCGGAGCCCGGGGGUGGACUGGGUCCUGGUGGACUGCGAGCAUGGGAACAUUGACGACGGCGCCAUGCACGAUGCCGUGCCCGCCAUUGCCGCGGCUGGUGUCUCCCCGAUCGUAAGGCUGCCCGACAUGCAGGGCUGGAUGGUCAAGCAUUGCGGCGCUCACGGGAUACUCGUCCCGCUACUCCGAACCGCUCAGGAGGCCAAGGAUUUAGUCCAAGCCGCCAAGUUUCCACCGUGGGGACGUCGGGGUUUCGGUUCGCCGCUGGCCAUGGAGCGCUUCAGCCCGGCGCCGAGCAUGACCGAGUACCUGCAACAGGCCAACGACAGCCUGCUGACGAUGGUGCAGAUCGAGACCAAGGAAGCGCUAGAGUCCGUCGAGGAAAUUGCGGCGGUCGAGGGCAUCGAUGUCCUCUUCAUCGGGCCCUUUGAUCUUGGUAACAACAUCGGCCACCCCGUGAUCAACGGUAUCAUCAAGAAGGAGCUGAGCGACGCCAUCGAUCGCGUCCUCGAAGCCACGCACAAGGCAGGCAAGAAGGUGGGCAUCUUCUGCACCAGCGGCGAGCAGUCCAAGGUCUUUGCGGACAAGGGUUUCGACAUGAUUAGUGUUGCGACGGAUUACACGGCGUUGCAGUUUACGUUGUCGGAGUCACUGAGCGUUGCAAGGGGAGGGGCGAAGCCAGCCAAGGGUGGUUCGUACUGAAGUGAGGUUGAGAGGAAUAAAGGGGCAGCGAAUGUGAACGGGGAACCUUUUUCAGCCAAUGAAUGGUGCGGCCGCGCUGGGUGAAGAAGAAGAAAUCACAACAUCUCUAGCAGUUCAAUUCUUGCCCUCAACCUGGUCCAUCUUAGCCUCGAUCUGGUCUGGGUCGAAGC